AUGCCGGUGUCAGAGAGUUCAAAGGCAGAUAAAGUGAUGCCAGAAAAGUUGGUGCACCACCAACAACAGCAGAAGAAAGUGUAUAUACAACAACAGCCCCCACCUCCGCCACCUACAAUGCAACAACAAUAUCAACCUCAUCCCCAAGAGCAAACUUAUCUGCAAAUUAUUCACCAACAGCCGCCACCACCGCCUCCCCAACAACAGCAUAUUUUACAGAGCCCCAAACAUCUGCAGGUUCAAUCACAACAACCUCAACAGCAAACCCAGCUGGGCAAUGUACAACUGACAGUGCAACAGCAACAACAGUGUUGUCUAAUGGCUGCAGCAACGCAGCAGCAACAACAACAGCAAACCUCAGCUACAGCACAUACAACUGCAAACGAACGGCUUGAAUCAAAAUCCAUCGGCUCAUAUGGUGCAGCAAACAUUACGGUACAUCAGGCGGCGCAACAACACAAGCCAUCUCGGCAUCAACAAAUGCUGCAGAAUGUAGUGCAUCACCAGAUCCAAGUACAAAACAUUCAGAUACCGAAGCAUCCAUUCAACAGAAUUCUGGUUGUUGUUGUUGUAGCAUUGUAUUACACACUUGCCGAUGAAGAACUCCAUCGGAUCAAUCCGGAACAUAUAACCGGUUGCCAUGUGAUUGCAGAAUUCUGGUGCUCACCAGCUGCAGCAACAAACCCAAAUGGUACUAUUCUCACCACUUAUUAUGCGGCCAAGGAUGAUGUUAAAAAUCGUCUAUUAAAAACACAAAGUGGGGCGCAUAUGACGUUAGCCAAGUAUAAAAGCCGUAAUGCUGCUGGCAAUUCCACGCCGAUUGUACAAAUUCGAAUACUACUUAGCCCCUUGCACUCUGACCAAGCGGAAGUUCGUGUAACCAAUGCGAGCCCUGUGCUUAAUAGGCCGCCGGCAGGUUCAUCAGUCUAUCGUACAUCGUACAGUAACUACGAGAUACAGACACAACAUGUCUUACAGAAUAGAGAUCGUAACAGUGCCAAAAUGGACCUGCUCGAACAAGUGCGGGAUCCAUUUGAUUAUAACACCACAAUACAGUGUGUCGAAAAUCCUGGCGCAAACAUAGACUUUGUGGUGACGGUUGGCUUUCCGAGCGUUCAGAUAAGUUGGCAACCGGAAAGUUUGCAGCAGAAUUCUUCUCAGGCCAAUUCACAUGACUCGGAAAGUAAAACAGCUGCACAAAGUACAGCGCAGCAUGCCGCUCCAGCACCCGCACCAGCAACAUCAGCUACUCCAACUAAAGUUGUUUCCACAUCUGGCAUAAUCAAGCCCAGCCCCAUCGGAAAGUUUUACUAA